AUGCUUUCGAGAAUUGCCGUCAGGAGGUGUUUUUCUUCUACCACGAUCAAUCCAUAUAAAGUGUCUGUCCUAGGUGCUUGUGGUGGUAUCGGUCAACCAUUAUCUUUACUUUUGAAGCUAAAUGAAAAAGUCACUGGUCUGAACUUAUACGAUUUGAAAAAUGCUAAAGGUGUAGCCACAGAUCUUUCUCAUAUCCCAACAAAUUCCACCGUCCGUGGUUUCAAUGCCGAUGAACCAGAUGCCUUACAUAAUGCGUUGAAGGAUUCCGAUGUCGUUGUGAUCCCAGCCGGUGUUCCAAGAAAACCAGGUAUGACAAGAGAUGAUUUGUUUAACGUUAAUGCAGGGAUCGUCCAUGAUUUGGCUAAAGCCACAGCCGAGGCCGCACCAGACGCCUGUGUUUUAGUGAUCUCCAACCCAGUUAACUCCACUGUUCCAAUCGUGGCAGAAGUGUUCAAGAAAGCAGGGAGCUAUAACCCAAAGAAAUUGUUCGGUGUCACUACUUUAGACUCAAUUAGGUCGGCCAGAUUCCUUUCAGAAUUGACUAACACAGAUCCAACCAAGAAUUCAAGAAUCAGCAUUAUUGGUGGUCAUUCAGGUGUAACCAUCUUACCAUUAUUAUCUCAAGAUAAAUUGGCUUCCACCAAAUUGACAAAAGAGCAGAAAGAAACUUUGAUUCACAGAGUCCAGUUUGGUGGUGACGAAGUCGUUAAGGCUAAGAACGGUGCUGGUUCCGCUACUUUAUCCAUGGCUCAAGCAGGUGCCCAAUUCACUGAUGCUGUAUUGAGAGGUCUUUCCGGUGAAGCUAAUAUUGUUGAACCAACUUUUGUUGAAUCCCCGAUUUUUAAGCAUGAAGGUAUCGAGUUCUUUGCGCAAUUAGUCAGAUUAGGUCCAAAAGGUGUUGAAGAAAUAUUACCUAUCGGUGAAUUGUCUUCUGAAGAAAAAGUUUUGUUAGAUCAAUGCAAGGAGGCUUUGAAGAAGAAUAUUAAUAAGGGUAAGGAUUUUGUUAAUGCUAGAGAUUAA